AUAAAAACUUUUUAUUUCAAAGAUAGAAUGAACACUCUUUUUGAUGAGUAUGAUGAAAGAGUUUAUAAUCCCAUAGAAGGUGUCUUAACAGAAAUUACAGACCCAAACAUUGUACUUGAAACAAAAACUAGCCGCGCCGCCAGCUGCCAGAGUUAUUUAGCUAGUAAACCUACCAAAUCAUCAGUUUACAACACUUAUACAGGCAAGCAAAGAGAGGAUUUGAUUGAUAAAAUGAUUGAAAAUUCUGAAGAGAAA